AUGUAUGUGAAAUGGUUUGAUACAGGAAUGUUAUACUAUGUGAUUUUAGUGUAUUUAGUGAAUGUCACUUUUUGUCAAUUUCAAAUUUCCCGCCAUUCCGUCCCCCGUACGUCCUGACGUCGCAGGGAACGGAACCCAGAUGACAGAUGCCGGCAUCGGCCGGAGGACAUUGCCUGGGACAUUGCAGGAGGGACAUCACAGGAGCAGGUAAGUGAUCGAGGGAUCGUGGAGCAGCGCCGCAGUGUAUUCCCGAGUGUAGCUCGGGGUUACCACUUGUGCUACACUCGGGAAUACCACCAGAGAGGCUAC